AUGCUCGUCAAACCGGAUAAUCUGCUUCUUCCGACAGAAGAUCAGGCGUUUACGUUAUCAGAGCCUGCGAUCGGAAUCCUCAAUACUUGCGUAAACGCCGCCGGCCUCGGUCUCAACCUUGUCUCCGCGCUUCAUGAACAAGCCCUCCUCGAGACUUUUCUGCCCCUCGCCCUUGAGGUGACGUUCCUUGCCGCCGUGUCGCUGGUGCUUGCCAACGCUAUCAUCCCCAACAUCGCCGACUCUGUGUUGAUCGAUACCGCAAAGGUCGUUUUGGAAGACAUGGGCCAACGAGGAAAUAUCCCAGCAGCCUCUCUCAAGGACGAGCUGGAUGAUGUACGAGAGUUGACAUCGAACCUUGCUCGGUCUUUUCUCGUACGAGAUAGCAGGAGUUCCGCUCCCGUCCCUCCCAAAGCAGCAAUUGCCACCAUAAUUCGGGACGGACAAGUUCUCAGCGAUGCCAUUGUGGUCGUGGUGGAAGGAAUCACUUCUGCGACAAUUCAGUCGGCCCAAGACCGCUUCAAUGUGGCCCUAGAGAUUCCCGGCGACACUCUGACGAGGGAGCAUCAAUGGCCGCAACUUAGAGCGCCAGAGUCGCUGGUGCCGAUGCAGACACGGACGCCCACGACGCCCCAACUUCACGGCCCGCUGACAAGCCCCAAUGCGAUGCCACAGGUAUAUCUGGAUGGCAUUGAUGCUAUGCCGAAUCCAUUUCCUUUUGACACAGAAGAUUUACGAUGGUUAGAUCUGGUCUAA